GCGCGCCGGCGUGACGCGGCCGCGCGGGAUGGGCAGGGCCGAGGCCGAGUUCGUGGCGGCGACAGCUAGCGGUGGCUGCGUGACCACGGCCUCCCAGCCCGACCACCAUGAGCACCAAGCAGGUCACUUGCAGGUAUUUUAUGCAUGGUGUGUGUCGGGAAGGAAACCAGUGCCUGUUCUCACAUGACUUGGCCAACAGCAGGCCAUCCACCAUCUGCAAAUACUACCAGAAGGGUUAUUGUGCCUACGGAACUCGUUGCAGAUAUGAUCACACGAGGCCCUCUGCUGCAGCUGUUGGUGCCGUGGGCACCAUGCCCCACAGCAUGCCCUCCUCGGGUUUCCACAGCCCUCAUCCUCCUUCCGACCUCACUGCAUCUAUUAUGAAAACUAACUUAAACGAACCUGGGAAACGUGAAAAGAGAACAUUGGUACUUAGAGAUCGAAAUCUCUGUGGCACGGCUGAAGAAAAGACUCGACCCUGCGUGGUGAGUAACCCAGGAGGCCGCAGUGACCUCCAGAAUAGCCCCGAGAUGAAGCCGAAUUCCUACCUAGAAGCAAUCAGGAGUGGCCUUGAUGAUUUGGAAGCCAGCAGCUCCUACAGCAGUGAGCAGCAGCUCUGCCCCUACGCAGCUGCUGGGGAGUGCCAUUUUGGAGAUGCUUGUGUUUACCUGCAUGGGGAUGUGUGUGAGAUCUGUAGAUUGCGGGUCCUGCACCCCUUCGACCCAGAGCAAAGAAAAGCACAUGAGAAGAUCUGCAUGUCAACAUUUGAACAUGAGAUGGAAAAGGCCUUUGCCUUCCAGGCAAGUCAAGACAAAGUGUGCAGUAUCUGCAUGGAAGUGAUCCUUGAGAAGGCAUCUGCUUCUGAGAGGAGAUUCGGGAUUCUCUCCAACUGCAAUCACACGUACUGCUUGUCCUGCAUCCGACAGUGGAGGUGUGCCAAGCAGUUUGAGAACCCAAUCAUUAAGUCUUGUCCAGAAUGCCGUGUGAUAUCAGAGUUUGUAAUUCCAAGUGUGUAUUGGGUAGAAGAUCAGAAUAAAAAGAACGAAUUGAUUGAAGCUUUCAAACAGGGAAUGGGGAAAAAAGCUUGUAAAUACUUUGAGCAAGGAAAAGGGACCUGCCCUUUUGGAAGCAAAUGUCUUUACCGCCAUGCUUACCCUGAUGGGCGACUAGCAGAGCCUGAGAAACCACGGAAACAGCUCAGUUCUGAAGGCACAGUGCGGUUCUUUAAUUCAGUGCGGCUCUGGGAUUUCAUUGAGAACAGAGAAAGCCAGAACAUCCCAAACGCUGAUGACGUUGACAUGACAGAGCUUGGGGACCUCUUCAUGCACCUUUCCGGAGUGGAGUCGGCAGAGUCCUAAAGAGCUGAGUCAGCGAUCACCCCCUUGCAUCUUGGGCUCAGCCAGCCGAGCCUUUCCCGAGCUGGGGUGUGCAGAGCUUCCUUGUACCACAGCACUAGAUGGCGUGUCACUUGGAUUUGAGUGGGGUUGCACUUAACCUUGGUCUGAUCCACUCUCCAUUAUUACAGCCCUGGGAACAGUGAAGGAUAUAAAAUAAUCUAACAAGUAUAUGGACUUGCCAUUUUUAUAGUUUAUAUCUUAGUUGCACUUCUUACUAACCAUUCAGGCUAAUUUCUGAUUGAUGGUUUUUAAACAAGUUUGGUGCUUGUCUUCAUCUUUUUCUCCCCAGAAAGAGUAAAACUGCAGUUGCUCCUCAAGCAGCAGAUUCAUUUCUUACCAAAGGAUUCUUUAACCCUAUGAAAGGAUUCCUCUGUAGUGUAUUAGUGUAUUUAAAUAUCGUGUUGUCAAAAAUACGACUUAUACAGAGCUUUUCAAAAAACAAAUUGCAUGUGAAGUGGGCACUGUGCACCUGUAGUGUGAAGCUUUUUUUCAGGCUCAUCACGUAGCAUCAUUCUUCUGAGCGCUCUCUGAAGUGUUCAAAAUCAGUUGCUUUCUUUCAGGGAAAAGCCUUUCCAGUUCUAUGAUGUUAGAAGUGGGAUUAUGACAAACCUGAGAAAUGAAAAAGGCAGUGUUGGAAGGAAGAACAGUAGUCCAGUAAACAAAUUUAAAGUAGGACCCUUUCUCCCUGAAAGGGAGGCUCUUGAAGUAGCAGAAAUGCCAGGUGGUGAGUGGACGCACAGUCCUCCUUUCUGGUUGGCAGGGCCUGGACCCUAAGACUCCUUGCACCUGCCCCUCCAGGGAAAACAAGCCUCUCACCUGGGGGCUUGUCUUUGGGUGCAGGCCUGUCCGGUUAAUAGGACUGAGGGCUCAAUACACAUAUGCUCUUUGUGAUGUGAAAUUUUAUAAAAAUUGAAUGGAAAAGUUCUGGUUCUGUACCCAGACAGGUCCUGAAAAAGAACUGAGCACAAGUCUUCUGUCCUCAGUUGUGAUUUUAAUUAAACGACAAGCAUAAUAAUCUUGUAAAAUCAGAAUGAGCUCACCUCCAAGUCUGAAUUUAUGUAUUUUUCUAAGAGCUCUAGAUACCAAAUAAAUAUUUUAUAAAAUGUGUUACUUGAAGCUGUGGGUAGGAAAACAUCUUUUAGUUUAACCUUAAAUUUUUAAGUUUAGUGUUCUUUGCUUAAUAAUUUUUAUACAUGGUUAACUCUUUAAGGUUUCUUGCAGUCUGCUCCAGGGGGAGUACUAGUGGGAGUACUAGUUUAUGUCCUGCACCUUAAGGGAGUGAGCAAAUGGAGAGUUUGAGCUAUAAACUCGGUGGUCCUAACCUGUGACACUUUGUUUUAAAAGGAGGUAACAGCCAUGAAACCUAACUUUAAUUUAUUUUAUUAAAAUAACAUAAUUGAGGAACCAUAGAAUAGCAAUUGUAUUUUGUCAGGCGCAAUAAAAACAACAAAAUUAAAACCCAAAUCAUCAAGAAAA